ACAUCCAGUAAAAGUUUCCCCAUUGCUGUGUCAAGAAGAUAUUUCACACUACAAAAAAAAAAGAAAUUAUAUAUAUAUACACAAAACAUCAGCCAGUGAAUUUUUGUUAAUUUCCGUAGCCUCCAUAAGUGACUUGUUUUAUCUCUUUAGUUUCGGUUGGUGCAGGCAGUAGUGGAAGAAAAGUGCGGUGAAAAUGUUAAGGGUCGUCGUAGCAUAAGAAGAAGAAAAAAAAGUUCCCCAUUUGAAAGCAUCACUUGCGAUACACGGCGCAAGAUAGAUGAGAGUGGUGGUGUUUCACAUUUUUCACCCUUUUUCGGUGUAUCUGACCUCGUGAGGUGGUUGCAUUUUGUCAGAAUAGCAAGUUUCGUUGAUUAUUUUGUAGUAUAUUGUGUGUGCGGUGCGAAAGAGAAGAGAGAGAGAGAGAAAAAAACUGAAAGUGAAAAGUUCUGUGCGUGAGGAUUCCUUCGGAACCAACACCCGGAAGAUACAUCCAACAAGAUAUCCGGGACAGACGAAGAUUGGCGGGCUGAACGGCCCAUGGUGCAGAGAGCUUCAACGGAGGCCCCAUCCAUAUCUGGGGGGCACCGUGAGUCUCGUAUGGGACUUGGCAUUGGAUAUGCUGCCUACCAGAGUGGAUACAAUAAAUUAUUUACCCAGGGAUCUGCUGAUUCGAACUAUUCCCAGCCUUCAUCCGAUCUGUCGCUGGACGAGGAAAAAGAAUCGCUUCGGCGAGAGAAAGAGCGACAGGCUUUAGGGCAGUUGGAAAAAGCAAGAAAUAAACCAGUAGCUUUCGCAGUAAGGACCAAUGUCUCAUACGAUGGCAGUGUCGACGAUGAUUCUCCAGUUCAUGGCAGUGCAGUGUCUUUCGAAGUCAGGGACUUCCUGCACAUUAAGGAAAAGUACGACAAUAAUUGGUGGAUUGGCCGGCUGGUUAAGGAGGGCUGUGAUGUGGGGUUUAUUCCCAGCCCAGUUAAGCUAGAGCAUAUUCGGAUGCAGGCAUCUGCGGCCCGAUCUUCAAGACUGUAUGCAACCAAAGGUUCGUCGAGUGGUAAUUUGGGGGGCCCUGGAGCACAAGGUGCGGAGCCCUCACGAGGUAGCACACCCCCAACACCUGGAGAUGAAUCCGACUCAAUGGGGCCGUCGAGGCAUGUUAAAACCCCCCUUGCCACGCCGCCCACAAAGGAGAAACGGAAGCCCUUCUUCAAGAAGCAGGAAACAUCAUCCCCAUACGAUGUUGUACCCUCAAUGAGACCCGUCGUCCUUGUUGGACCGAGCUUAAAGGGAUACGAAGUGACGGACAUGAUGCAGAAGGCACUCUUUGACUUCCUCAAGCAUCGCUUUGAAGGACGCAUCAUCAUAACGCGCGUCAUGGCUGAUAUAUCGCUUGCGAAGCGCUCCCUCAUGAAUAACCCAUCAAAAAGGGCAAUAAUGGAGCGCUCAAAUAGUCGCUCGUCGUGCCUUGCGGAGGUGCAGGCGGAAAUUGAGCGAAUAUUCGAAUUGGCCAGGACUCUUCAAUUAGUUGUACUCGAUUGUGAUACUAUAAAUCAUCCGUCACAGCUAGCAAAAACUUCUUUAGCGCCAACUAUAGUUUACUUAAAAAUUAGUAGCAGUAAGGUUUUACAGCGAUUAAUUAAAUCACGCGGAAAAGCGCAGGCUAAGAAUUUGUCAGUACAAAUGGUGGCAGCGGAGAAAUUGGGGCAAUGUCCGCCAGAAAUGUUCGAUGUGAUAUUAGAUGAGAAUCAAUUGGAGGACGCAUGUGAACAUAUUGCAGAGUAUCUUGAGGCUUACUGGAGAGCUACUCAUCCUCCACAAAGGCCAAAUACUCAAGUACCAAGACCACUACCAUCUCAGGAAGCUUCACCAUCAGCUGACCAAUCUCACAUGGGUCCAACACCUCCAGCGGAUAGAGAAAGAGAACCAUACAGUACACGAAACGAUAGGGAAAGAGAAAGAGGUGCAUCCUAUCAUCACAACCGGAGAUCACUUGCACGCCACGAUCGCGAUCGAGAACGUGAGAGGGAACGACUGCAUGCAAGGGAACGCGAUAUGGUCCACUACGAUCUCAACGACGAUGACCUCCUCAAUGAACGCAACUACGGUGUAGAUUACCCAACGGCGGGACGCUCUAGUCAUCACAUGCCACACAGACAUCCGGACGAUGGGGGUGAGAUGAUGCGGGAGCCACGUGAUCGAUAUAUGGCACAAGAUCGCGGGGCGCGACGCGAUCGUGACGACUUCAGCCCACACAGGAGCAGCGGCAGCAGUAGAAGGGUGCUCAAUGCCAUGUAGGAAUCGUGGAUUUAGGGGUGGGACCAGAGCGAUCUCGAGAGUGCCAAUGAGUUUGAGUGAGCGGGAGCCACGGGCUAUCCUUCCGUCCACUCGAUCCUCAUUGACUGAUCGUCUAGUCCCAUCCCUUCAUCCAUUCCCGUCUUUUUUGCAUCAAAUUCACGCACUACGCAUCAUUUUUGUGAGUUACAUACAUUUCCCACACCGAGCGAUCAUCACAAUCAUCCCCCCUCCCCUCGCCCCCAAUCAGUCCCUAGUCGUUAUGGGCAGGUGCCUCUAUUUCUACGCGAAACACUCUCGAUUUGCAUGAAAUAAUCAAAAGGUAUCCCAAAAGACCUUUCGACUUUUGUACUGAUACUCAAAACUUUUGAAAUAGUUGCAUCGUGUUGUAAGUAAAACAUGAGCUUUGUUAGAAUAUUUCAAUCAAAAGGAUUUUCACAACGCCUUUCCAAUUUAAUUUCUCAAUUAAGACAUAUUUUCUUUAAUGAUCAAAACAAUGUAGGUCAUACAUAAUCAGAUCAGAUCCUAAAUAUUGAAAAGAGGCUCAAGGAUCUUUUCGAUUUUAUAUGCCACUUGCAGCGGAUACUUACGAAACGAUCCAACAAUUCUAAAGCAUUAAAGAUAAUCUCCAAAGAAAAAAAACAAGAAAUAUUAUUCUAAUCAAGAGGAAAAAAAAGAUCAAAUGCGAUCUCCACGUUCACGCAUUAGUUUUAUGGUUUCAUUGUAAAUAAGAAAAUAAAGAUAAAUUUAGAAAUUAUUUUCAAGAAAAAAAAAAGAUAAACACGUAAUUUUGAAAGCUUUAAACGAGGCUUAUGGAACCAAAAAAAACGGAAAAGAAAACGCAGCCAAAAAGGCAAAUUUUCUUCAAAACGCGCGCAACAGAAGUUCUAAAAAAACACACAACAUGCAAAAAAAAUUCUUUGUUCACUGAGAAAAUCUUCUCAUCCAAGAAAAAAAAACACGGAAAAUUCUAUAGAAUAGAAAACGCUGCAAUUUAAUUUUCUGCCACUCUCUGAGAAUAAAAAAGCAAUAAAAUUACCAUUUAAAAAAAGAAGAAAAUCUUUACGAUAGAAAACGCGAAAAUUCCAAAUCAAACAUCAUUAAAAUUUUCUUUAUAUUUUUGGCUUUUGGAUACAAAAGGAAAUCCGAGAAAAUCAUGUGCCAAAAUCAUUCAAAGAUUGCAAGAGAAAAAAAAACAAAUAAGAAUUAAAGAGAAAAAUUAGAAAAAAAAUGAGGAAAAAUCAAGAAUUGAAACAUUUAGUGUGGAAAUAUCGUUGCGUUCUUUUGUCUACCAGCAUUUUCUUUCUUAUCCAUCCAUCGACAUUUACUCAACUGUACAUGAGAGCUUGUCUAAAAAAUAAAACUAGGAUUAAUAACAAUACAAAAAACACUACGUAGUUGCUGUAAAGUGAAUAAACUUUAAUGAAAUUAAUUUCUUUUUUUAUAAAGUACGAGGAUCAUUUGAAAAAUUCAUAGAAAGAAACGGGAAUCUCAAGAAGACCCCUAAAUAAAAAUCUAUACUAAACCGAUUUUGAUUAAUUUCUUAAUCUCUUAAUCUAUGAAUUUAACAAAAUGAUCAUUGAUACCCAAAAGAAAACGAUCCAUUAUUUCUUCUUACAAACCGAAUAAAAGAGGAAAAGUUUUCCAAGAGACUUUGAGGAAAACUCGUACAGAAGAAGUUUAGCAUCACAAAUUAAAAAAAAGAUCACGUAAAAAAUAAUGAAAAAAAAAUAGAAAAUACAAAAAAUACGUUGUAAAUGUUACAAAAGUAUUCCCCUUUUCCAAAAUUUAUUCUCUUAUACAGUUAAGAUUAAAAAAAAAUAGUUGUAAAAGGAAAUCCAAAAAACUGAGUAAUAUCUAUAAAUUUAUAAAAAAAAAUUCUCUAGAUUAUAAAACUUUUAGAUAGUGAAUGAGACAUUUUAUUGAAAAAAAAAAUUAUAUACCUUUACUAGUAAAAAAAAAUUAGCAUUGUAUGUUUUCGAAGCCAAUUAUUUCACGAGGAAUAGUCUUUUUUUCAAUGUUUCCCCCCUCCUCUUCCCCUUGAAAGAAGAAAUAGCAAAAAAAAAUAGAAUUAGAUCUUAUUUUUCUCAAAUCCACAAUAGGUAAAAAAUAAAUAAAUAAAUAAAACCCUCGUGGUUAGGACUUGAAAUGAAAAAAAAUUACUUGUAGACAUAAGAUGUAUGUUCAAUCCUUUUGUCGCUCUUUUAACAAAUUUUCAAAAUUAUUAUAAAAGUAAAAAAAAAAACAAGAAUUGUGAUUAAUUGUAAAGCUACCAAUUGCCUUGCACUUAAUAUUAUUAAUUUUGUAAAUAUAUUUAUAUUUAUAUUUAUUGAGAUGAUAAAAAAAAACUUGGCGUUUUAUGAUAAAAAAAACCAACAUCUCGUGAAGCAGAUUUUACCGUAAAAUGAAAAAUUAACCCGAGAAAACUAUGGUCAUGUUUGAAAAGUCACAAAAAAGAAUGUUAAAAAAAUAGAAAAACAAAUGGAGAAAAGAGGAACCUACAUCUUUUACAUAAUGCUAAAAAAAUACACUUUAAAAAAUAGAUAGUUCAAUUUUUGAAAAAGAAAAAAAAUCAUCAUAAAAAAAAAUAUGAGAAUGGAAAAUAAUGUUGGAAUAAGAGUGAUAAUGUUGAGAAAUAUUUCUCUCUAAUGUAAAUCAAAUUGUUUUUUUGUUAUGUGUAAAAGACAUGAAAAAAAUGAAAUAAUUCAAAAAAGAAUAGGGUCGAUUCUGUCAAAAAUCUUUUAUUUUCUUACAACUUAAAAGUUUUUGUACGAUUUUGACAGUUGAUAUUCUUAAAGGAUUAUUUUGUUUCAAAAAAUCGUUAAAAAACGAUUAAAGAAACAAACUGUCAAAAUCUUAAAAAUUCUUUAUAGAAUAUCUGAAGAUUUAUGACAGAAUCGCCCCUAAAUCCAUCGUAUUCCUUUCUCAAUUUUAAAUACAAUUAAAAUAAAUAAAAGUAAGGUGCUUAUUUUCUACGAAGCAGCAUCUCCAUUUUUUUAUUUAUUCAUUCAAAAAAAAAUCACAAAGAUUUUUGCAAAAGAAAAACUUCUCCCCAAGGCUCGACUCGAAGUAAAUUAUAUACCUACAAAACAAAGGAUAUUGUAAAGAAUUAACCCAGAAGAUUGUGUAAAAAAUAAGCGCCUCUCUUUUUUGAUGACUUGUGGUGUACUUAAAGUAUAAAACAAAAAACUUUUAGAUAUUAUUCGUGAAGAAGAUUUUUGAAAUAAAAUUUAAUUAAAAAAAAUAUGCAGAUAAAGAAAGUCUCUUAAAAGUGAAAAUUAAAAUGCAAAAAAUGAGGGUAAAAAAAUCUUCUUCUUCAAUGAAAAAAAAAAACAUUAAACACUCAUUCAAGAAAAAAAGUAUAUAUACUGUAUAUUGCGUUAUAAGGACCAAAUUAAACCUUCUUUUUUAAUAAAAAAAAAAUUAUAUAUUAAAAAAAAGCGAGUAAAGUGUUAUUAAAACUAUGGUAAUGAAGCUACACCUUGUAUAAUUAAACAAAAAUUAAAAAAAAACAUGAUACGGAAAUAAUUUUAAAUGGGAUUGUAAUGUAAAAAAUACCCUAAAAGCUGUUACUUUAUUCAUUGUUUUUUAUUUCACAAAAAUAUUAUUAUUAUUAUGUAAAAUCUUCUAUGAAUUAACGAUUUAAAAGAAAACAAUUUGUAUUGAUUAAAUGCAAUCACAUAAAGAAAAAAGAAAAACUGAAGAAAAGAAAGAAAAAAAAACAUAAACUAUAUAUAAUGAGAUAUUGUCGCAAAUUGAUGAGUCUUUGGGGGAGUGUAAAUUGUGUCGUCGUGAUACAAGUAAUACAUUGAGCGAAGUAAGUACUAUUGUACUUGACUAGUAGCAAAUAAAAGGAAGUCUAAUAGGAA